GUUGUGCAGCCCACGUGGUUGAAUGGAGAGCGCAGACUGAUGAGACUGGUUACCCGGCUCUUGCGUGCUGUCUUUGGAGUCGCUAUAUACCAAGUCCCUGGCCGGAGGGACAUGGCGAGCAGGGUGCUGAGUCUUCCUGGGGGAGCAAAUGGUUGUAAAAACGGACCCACUACGGAAGUCAAAAGUUGGAAGGAUGUCCUGAACACUUCAGUUGGCGUCCUAAAGCAGGGUGGAGUGAUUGCCGUGCCCACUGACACCAUUUACGGAAUCGCCUGCCUAGCCCAGAACUCUCAGGCUAUGGAGAGCAUCUACAACCUGAAGGGACGUAAUGGGACCAAACCACUGGCCAUCUGUGUGGGGGACAUUGCGGAUAUUUAUAGGUACUGCCAGGUGAAUGUGCCUGACCAAUUACUCCAUGACCUUUUACCAGGACCAGUUACUCUUGUUUUGGAGCGUUCUGAGGGGUUGAAUAAGGAGCUGAACCCUUUCACUUCUUUGGUGGGUGUUCGCAUUCCUGACCAUGCCUUUAUCAGACAGCUGGCACAACUCUGUGCUGAGCCCUUGGCGCUAACCAGUGCCAACAUCAGUACCCAUGAGAGCACACUGACAGCAGAGGAAUUUAAAGACCUGUGGCCCAUGCUGUCUCUGGUAGUGGAUGGUGGGCCCAUCGGAGAUAUCUCAAGUGUCGAAUGCCGAUUGGGAUCAACAGUAGUCGAUCUUUCUGUUCCUGGUAAAUUUAGAGUAAUCCGCCCCGGAUGUGCUCUGGCAUCCACCAUGGAAAUCCUCAACAAUACAUAUGGCUUAACACCCUUGUCAUGACACCUGCGUAAAUGGGCUUGCUCACGGACAUUGUAACCUGAAGCAAGAAUGGACUUCAGAGGAUAACUGAAUAUCCACACAACUAUGUUAAAUUAUUUUGAUCCAUUUUGCAAGCAGUGGAUAUCCCAUCAUUUUAAUCAUUAGGUUAUAUUCCAGCUUUUUACUUCUAUAUGAUAAAAAAAAAAAUAUUCCCUGGAUUUGAGAAGGUUUAAGACAAAACAACAAAAACAAAUUGUCUUGCAAUGCCCUAUGAUAUCUUGACAUUUAAUCUGUUUUUCUUUGUGAAAAUAUUUAUUUAUUUUUUUGGUGGUAGAGGGGGAAAAUAGCUACCAUUUACAAUAAAACCAAUAUAUUCUGGAUGUAGAUAUUCAUCCUUUAGUGUACCCUCAUUUGAAUGACAACCUCUUAAUUGUUUUUUUUCUGCUCUGUUGUGUAUAAUUUACAAGAACAUUGGACAAAUAUUUUUCCAAGUCAUUUUUACAUGCCGGUACUGUAUCCUUCAGUAGGAUAAAGAAAAUAAACAUGCUCAAUACUCUGAUAUCCCAAAGCU